GGGACGCAACAACGCGCUUGUGCGAGCGUUAACUUCACUCUCGCGAGAGCACGGAUGCACUCUGGGACGUGUAGUCUUCAUUUCAUGUAGCCAAAAAUAUAAAAAUUUAUGUUCUCGCAGAGGCAGGCAGCCUAGAGCAAGAGGGACUACGCCUGCUGGAGCAACAUGAAGAUACAUAUUUGGCUUCAGAAUACCUCGUACUGUGCUCAAAACAUGCAGGAUGAUUUACUGAUGGACAAAAGCAAAGCUCAGCCUCACCAGCACCAAGAGCCGUUAAAUACAGAGCCUGCAUCCACCACCCCGACCCCCUCCGAGCCUCCGGUCCCAGACGAGCAGAACCCCGGUGGUCACAACGAGCGGCUCGCCAUGGAGUCUCCGGUGUUACCGGGGUUGGGCACUCCCGCGGGUUUCCCGCAGGAUUCCUCUCUCUCGCCGUCGUUCGCCAGCACUUGGUCCACCAACACCGUAGACGAAGGCUUUUUCCAAGGGAUUCCGUCUGUAAACGGGGCGAUGCUUUUUCAAAACUUUCCCCAUCACGUCAACCCGGUGUUCGGGGGUAAUUAUUCUCCGCAGAUGAGAAGGUCUCCUCUGAGUGUGAACCAGAGGAGCCCUUAUAACCACCAGACGCUCAUCAAUAAAGUGUCCGCGUCGUCCGCUUCUUCGUCCGCCUGGAAUAACCAUCAGAACGCGGCGUGGAGCUCCGCGGCGAACCCCUGGAGCGGCAGAGACCCGCGGAGAGCGCUCGGCGUCCCGUCUCAGCUCAACCCCAUCUCCCCGACGAAGAAGCCCUUCCCGAGCAAUGUCAUCGCGCCCCCGAAAUACCAGAGACCGGGAGCCCUGCAGAAACCCUGGAUGAUCUCCGAGCCUCCGGGACCCUUCAGAACCGACAACAGCAACAACAUGCUGCCUUUUCAGGAACGGAAUCGACCCUUUGACCCAUUCAACUUGCAAACUUUGGAGACCUCCUUAAUGGACAUGAUUGGAACAAACCCUGACAAAGGUAAACAUCACCCUGCUGCUGGCCCUCCAGUGACUAUCGCUGAUAUUAUAUGGAGGAAUCAUUUUGCAGGUCGCAUGGGUCUUAACUUUCACCAUCCAGUAGCUGAACAUAUAUUACCACUGAACUCCAGGAGCUAUGGUCGCAGAAGAGGUCGCUCUUCACUGUUUCCUUUUGAGGACGGCUUCCUGGACGACGGUCAUGGAGAUCAGUCGCUGCCCCCUGGCCUGAGCUCCCCCACCCGCUGUCAGAACGGAGAGAGGAUGGAGCGCUUCUCCAGAAAGGUGUUUGUCGGUGGACUGCCACCUGACAUCGAUGAAGAUGAGAUCACCAACAGUUUCCGUCGCUACGGUCACCUGGUGGUGGACUGGCCUCAUAAAGCAGAAAGCAAAUCCUAUUUUCCCCCUAAAGGUUACGCUUUCCUGCUCUUCCAGGAGGAGAGCUCAGUCCAGGCCCUCAUUGACGCCUGCAUCGAGGAGGACGGGAAGCUCUACCUGUGUGUCUCGAGCCCCACUAUUAAAGAUAAACCAGUCCAGAUUCGCCCGUGGAACCUGAGUGACAGUGAUUUCGUGAUGGAUGGAUCUCAGCCUCUUGACCCACGCAAGACCAUUUUUGUGGGAGGCGUUCCACGACCUCUACGAGCAGUGGAGCUGGCUAUGAUCAUGGACAGACUGUAUGGAGGUGUGUGUUACGCCGGCAUUGACACUGAUCCUGAACUCAAGUACCCUAAAGGUGCGGGCCGAGUGGCCUUCUCCAAUCAGCAGAGCUACAUCGCUGCCAUCAGUGCCAGAUUUGUCCAGCUGCAGCAUAAUGACAUUGACAAACGAGUGGAGGUGAAACCAUACGUGCUGGACGAUCAGAUGUGUGAUGAAUGUCAGGGCGCUCGCUGUGGAGGAAAAUUCGCCCCUUUUUUCUGUGCCAACGUCACCUGUCUGCAGUAUUACUGUGAGUACUGCUGGGCGAGCAUCCACUCACGCGCCGGCCGCGAGUUCCACAAACCUCUGGUGAAGGAAGGCGGAGAUCGACCUCGGCAUGUGUCCUUCCACUGGAGCUGAUGGCAAGCGGCACAUCACCCUCUCCACCCACCAAACCACACACGGAUCUCCCCUCUCAUCUUUUGUUCUUAGAAAACAAAUAUCAUGAUAUCUCUGUCCACUAUAUUCUCUGCUUACAAACACUUAGGAAAAUAUGAAUUUUGAGUCUGCAUACUCAAACGUUGCACUUUGGCACAAACAGUCGAUGUUAACGCUUAUCAGGAUGUUGUGCAUUAAUUCUCUCAUGCUUUGUUUGAUCGGUUUAGUGCUCCAUAUAGGUAACAUUUUAGGCAGUGUGAGACUACAUAUAUAAUAUGUACAGUACAGUUACAAAAAGGAUAAAUUUUUAGUUACUAUUUAUCUAUAUACACACAGAUAAUACAUUUUGGGUGUCCGACUUUUUAAAAGAGCAUGCACUUAUUGUGAAAACCGAGUGGUAGGAAAUUCUCCCCUACAUGAGGACAAAAAAAAGUUACCAUAGGUAAAAUUAAUUAAUUAAGAAAAUCUUGUUUAAGUGAGCUGUUAAAAAAAAAAAAAAUAACACAAGUUAUUAAAGUAAAACACCAUAUGCUCUCCAUGUUGAAAUGAAUAGUAAUACCUGCAUGCAUGCAGCUCUUUCUGUUCGCUUCAGUUUUUUAGGCUUAAUUUUUUACGAGUUUUUUAGUAUUAUCUACAUGCUGCAUAAUAGCUUUUGCUGCUAAAUCUAUGGUAUGAGUCCAUACGGUCAAACUUUAUUCAAGCGAACGAGUGCUCCGAAAGGUCUGUGUCUGCAAACAGCUAAUGAGUCUGCGAUGCAUGCUGUAAAAUCAACUCUCACUUUCAUCUCCCCCACGAUGGACGAGCGAUAUGGAGCACUAUGGAUGCUUAUUUCCACCACAGAAUACAAAAAAAAAAAGUCUUGCGAGGGGGAGGAAAGUCCAAAUUGUGAAAGAUAAACUCAGAAUUGUGAGGGGUAAAACGUUUUUGAGUUCAGUUGAGAAAGGAAAAAGUCAGAAUUGUGAGAUAA